AUGACCUCGAACCCUCCUCAGUCGGGACAAGCACAGAGCACCGCGACCUCCGCUUCGACCCAGCCCGCAACCCCUGCGUCCACCCAGGCGCCCAAGUCCUACGCCAACGCAACGAAGAAGUCCGCGACGGAUUCAUCCGCCGCUCCAGCCACCGUGGGCGGUUCCGCGCAACAUGGGAAGUCGACUUCCGUCUCUCCUGUGAACGGCAAACCCAUGCAAAACCAACAGGCUUCGGGUGUGACCAUUGUCAAUGGCGCCCCGACUGCUCCGGCUUCCCAGGGCGAUCACUCUCGCAAGCCCUCUGUGACCAUCUCAUCCGCCGGUACCUCCGGAUACAUGCCCAACGGCGCCGCUAGUCGUCCCAACAGCCUUCAGUUCGGAUUCGCAAACCAGCAGAGCUCCCCCAACAUGGGCGCUCCCGCCGUGCCUGCAUCCAACCCGGCCCAGGCUGGCCUGAGUGCUCCCUCUGCGAACCCUCGUGUGACCUCUCCUCAGACUUCGCCAUCUCCCAUUCCCCAGCCUGCAUCCAGCGGAGGCCGUCCUCCCCCAUCGACAUACCAGGCGCAAGGAAACGUACCUAACUUCGGUAGCUUUGGAGAAUCGGGCGAUGCCAACACAUCCCUCGCUCACGGUCCCCAACACCUGCGUCGCGAGUCGUCUCAAUCCACCCACAGCGAUAUGAGCAACAUGGGUAACGCCCCCGGACGCUCUGGCUACCCCCACCAAGGCGGCCGCGGUCGUGGAUACUCCCAGUCCGGCUACCAGGGACCGCAGAUUCCCUACUCGCCUAACCCCGGUUUCCGCCAGACUCCCAACCAGCCUCGCGGCGGUCCUAACAUGGGCCCCCAGUUCCAUGGCCCCAACCAGGGUCGCCCUAUGGGUUACCCCAACUCACCGCACCAAGCCAACCGCAGCCCUGCCCUGGCCAACGUCAACCCUACCACUCCCCAAAUGAACCAGGUCCCCAUGGCCCAUGGCCAGAUGCCUCCUGGCGCCUACGGUUACGGCCAACACAUCGGCCCUCAAGCUACUUACCCAGGCUCGUACGACCCCAACUUUUACUAUAGCCAGGGAUUCUACAUGCCCCCAUCGCCCCAACCUCGUCCCGGCAUGCCCUUCAACCCUCAAGCACAGUUCCCGAACCCGAUGGGCUCCCAAUUCCCAGGUGGCCCCCAGGCGCCUGCUCUCUCGCGUGAGCCAUCUAUGUCUACUGACCGUCCAGGAUCGAGUCUCAGCGGCCAUAACCCGGCACCCACCGGUCCCGCUGCUUCUGGCCACUCCCACAACGCCAGCCGUACCUCGAACAGCCCCGCUCCCAAGCCUCACUUCAUCAUUCCCGCCAAGAAGAGCCCCAUCGUCAUUAAAGACCCUGGCAGUGGUGUCGUGAAGACCUUCGAAAAGAACCCUGCAUCCCCCGCACCUACUCCUCCCCCGCGUACUGCCAGCGCCACUGAACACAACCGUUCUGACAGCAAGGCCAAUGCCGCCAAGACCGAUGAGGAGAAGAAGCAGGAGUUGAAGAAUGCUGUUCGUCUGAAGAUCCAGCAGGAUGAAGCUGAUCAGAAGCGUCUGGCCGACGAGGCUGCCCGCAAGACCACCGAAGCCGAGUCCAAGCCCAAGAAGGACGACGAGACCGAGGCUGCUCGCGCCGCCGUCGAGGACCUCAGCAUCAAGGACAAGGCUGCUCCUGUAGAGCCCAAGGAGACCCCCGCUCCUGCCCCUGCCCCUGUUCCCGCUCCCGCCGAUGACGACGAAAUCGACUUCGAUGCUAUUGAGCGCGAGAUGGCUGAAAUCGAGGCCAAGGAGCGUGCUGCUGAGGAAGAAUACUACCGUGCCAAGCAGGCCAAGAAGGACGAAGCUGAGCGCAAGGAGCGUGAAGAGCGUGAGCACUACGAGGCUAACAUGAAGAAGGCUGAGGCUGAGGCCGAGGCUCGUGAGAUUGCCCGUGAAAACGCUCGCGCACAGGGAGAAGGCGAAUCUGGUGACAAGGACGCGUUCGCAUCACUCAGGAAGGGUGGAUAUGGUGCUACCGAGUCAUCCACUCCUGCCGACAGCGGUGCUGUCACUCCUGUCUCUGACAUGGGUCCCCCGGCUAAGCCUACCGGUGCUAAGAAGCCUGCUGGUCUCAAGCUUGAUACCCCAAAACCCACUGAGCCCCUGCAGCCCACCCCUGGUAUGAAGUCUCUGCAGAAUGCCAAGUUCCUGGAUGACCUCAGCAAGGUUACCUACCCUCCAUCCAUUACUCCUCCCAACCCUGCUCUGAAUGCUGCUUCUCCCGCUGGCCGUCGCUUCCACUACGACCGGGACUUCUUGAUUCAGUUCCAGGCUAUUUUCAAGGACAAGAUCUCUGUCGACUGGGACUUGCGCAUUCGUGAAACAGUCGGUGACAAUGAUGCCUCUUCCCGGCCUGCGUCCGCUCGCACUCCCAGCAUGGGCGGUAGCCGUGCUAACUCGCGCGGCGGCCUUGGUAACUUCCCUAUGGGUACCUUCGGAACUGUCCCCAGACCUGGUGGUAUGCCCCCCAUGGGCGGCUCCGGAAUGGGUGGCCGCGGAUCAUCAAACUUCGGUCCCUUCCCUGGCUCUCGUCCUGGCCUCAGCGGCCCCGGAAGCAUUCGCACUGGCAGUGGUGUGCCUCCUCGUGGUAGCAACAACAGCAAGGGUCCUCGCCAAGGCAGCAAGGCCGGCCCCAAGCACGGUGGCAAGAGUGAACACGAACAGAACAAGACCAUGCCUCUUACCGCUGGUAUGGACCUCAAGGCCAUCACUACUUCCGCAACCGGUUGGAAGCCUCGCAGUGUCGGACAGACUGCUGCUGGUCCCGCCCCUGGUGGCGAGGGUUACUUGGCUCCCGACGUUGUGCAGCGUAAGGUUAAGGCUGCUCUCAACAAGAUGACCCCCGAGAAGUUCGAUCGUAUCGCCGGCCAGAUACUCGAAAUUGUUUCACAGUCCAAGGACGAGUCUGAUGGCCGCACUUUGCGCCAGGUCAUUCAGCUCACUUUCGAGAAGGCUACUGACGAGGCCCACUGGGCUCCAAUGUACGCCAAGUUCUGCAAGAGCAUGCUCGAGAGUAUGAGCGCCGAGAUCAAGGAUGAGAACAUUCGCGACAAGGCCGGCAACGUCGUUGCUGGUCAACCUGCCCCCAAGCCCGAGGGUGUUACUGAGGAGAUUGCUAUGAUGUCCGACGAGUACUACGUGGCCGCUGCCGCCAAGCGUCGUGGUCUUGGUCUCGUCAAGUUCAUUGGUGAGCUUUACAAGCUCGGCAUGUUGACAGAGCGUAUUAUGCACGAGUGCGUUAAGAAGCUUGUCGACUACGAAGGUAUUCCCGAUGAGGCGGAGGUUGAGAGUUUGACCAGUCUGCUCCGCACCAUUGGUGCCAGUCUCGAUGCUUCCGAGAAGGGUCCAGCCAUGAUGGACGCUUACUUUGCUCGCAUCAACCUCAUGGUAGAGACUCCUAACCUGCCCAGCCGUCUCAGAUUUAUGUUACUGGAUAUCAUUGAUCUCCGUGCUGCGCGCUGGAACUCCAAGGAGGCUGACAAGGGUCCCCAGACCAUUCACGAGAUUCGCGAGGCUGCUGCCCGUGCCGCUCAAGCCGCCGAAGCUGAGCGCCAGCGCCAGAACAGCAACCGUGGAGGCGGUGGCCGCAUGCAAAUGGGCCGUGGUGAUGCUCGCGGCUUCAGCUACAACAACCAAGCCCCUCCUCCCGACUACGCCUCCAGUAAGGUCGGCAGCGACGAUCUCCGCCGCCUGCGCGCGACUCGCAACACCAACCAGCCAAUGUCAUUCGGUCCGUCUAGCCUGCUAGCAGGAGGCUCGCGCACCAACAGCGGCCGCAAGAACCUGGGUCCCGGAGGCAAUUUGGUUCGCGGCAGCGACGACAGCGCCGCCAGCAGCCGCACUGGCACUCCUCCUGCUGGCAAGAAGGAAGACAAGGACACCUCGUCUAUGAACGCUUUCAGCGCUCUCGCCGCUCUCGAAGAUCGGGAUAACUUGGCGACGUCGCCACCGUCAAACCCCACCUCUCCCAUGCUCACCAAGUCGCAGCCCGCGGCCGCUGAGCGUCGCCCCUCAAAAACCCCGUCAAAGGAUGGCGAGUCCGCAGCAUAG